AUGGUACAUAAGCCGCACCAAGCCUAUCCGCUCUGGCCAUCACCAACUAUUCUUGGCCUCGACAACCCCUCAUCAACCGGUAACGCGCGAUACUAUAGCUCGCUGGAUUGUUACCGCGAUCCGCUCCGUUCCGGGCGGGCGGCCGAGGGCAAUAUUCACGCCCACGACGUACGCGGGGUGUCGUCCUCUUGGGCAUUUUUUAAAGGUAUACCAAUAGAGGAGAUAACCAAGGCAGCCUGUUGGAAGAGUGCUACAACCUUCUCACAGUGCUACCUGAAGGACGUACUCCAGACUGACGGCCAGGCAGGCCUCGACCUCCCGUGGGUCAUCCUCCCGUGGGUCAUCCUCCCGCUAGUCCUCUUCGCAUCAAGUCUUCACCCUCGGCCUUUACACAUGUUAAUUUGUAAUGCAGCAGUAUUUGGUAUUAAGUGGCAGCUUACAGAAGAUGGCUUAGAGAAGACUUUUCAGGUCAACUAUCUAUCCCAUUUUUAUCUUGUAAAUCAACUUCAAGAUGUUCUUAUCAGGUCCUCUCCAUCAAGAGUGAUUUUAUUGUCAUGUGAGUCUCAUAGGUUCCUGGAUGCAUCAUCUACCAGUUUGGACCUGAAUAAACUUUCAAUGCCAAAGGCAGAUUAUCAAUCCUUAUAUGCUUAUGGACGAUCCAAAUUAUGCAUGAUCCUCUUGAGCUCUGAAUUAAAUAGACGCCUAAUGAACAAUGGAGUAACAUCUAAUUCGGUUCAUCCAGGAAAUAUGAUCUACACAAACCUACAACAUAGUUGGUGGGGAUGGCAAUUGCUAUUUUUGCUGGCAAGACCAUUUACAAAAUCCAAGCAACAAGGAGCAGCUACCACUGUAUAUUGUGCUACAUCUAGGGAGUUAGAAGGCAAAGGAGGUAUGUACUUCAACCAUUGUCAAUUAUGCCAAGCAUCAGAAGAGGCAGAGAAUGAGGAUCUAGCUGCUGCCUUGUGGGACCUUAGUAACAGUAUCAUCAAAGAACAUCUCAGCAGAUACUCUCUCUAAUGUAAUACUAAAAAAAUAAUUGUGUUAGUCUGAUAAAUAGAACAAAGAAGGUAGCGGUAAAGAAGCUGCAAAACAGAGCUUUCGUAUCAAAAGCUACAUGUACUCUAUCAGAUGCAAAGGAGGGGGGAAAAUCCAAGUUCAAGUUAUUGUAUAUACAAAAAAGUAAUGGGUGCAUGAAUUUGAAAACAAAAGGCAUCUAUUCCUAGUAGUGGGACAUGAGACCAUGGUCCCUAAGGUAUGUCUGGUUAUGUGACGGUAAGUACUGAGUAUACAGUGCUAACAAGCAUCUCGGUGUAUGUCAAAACCAAAAUUUAUAACACGACAUGAUUGCAUUUGUGCACAAAGCAUAGCUGUGAUGAUGUCGUCAUGUGAUGAUACUAUCAUGACGUCAUUUCACAAUUCACAAGAACUUGCCAAUAUCUAACAACCUACAAAGUUUCAACUUAAUAGCAUCAUUACUUCGGAAAUUAUACGACUUCAAAAAGUGCACCUUUGAAGGAACACGUUGCCUUGGAUCGGUCGAGUUGGUCUUUGUGAUGAUCCUUGAUUGAGACACAUCAUUGCACCAAUGCCUUUCAUCACUGAAAGUUUCUUCGCAAUUGCUCUUAAGGAACAUUGCAAAUUAGCACUUAUAAAAAAACUUCUUGAGAUGUCAAAUAAAAUAAAAAUAAUUUUUUUUAACAAAAACAAGAGCUGUUUCGAUGCGC